AUGAACGAUGCAGAGUCCUCUGAUGAUGCAAUAAAAGUUUGCAUAGUUGGUAAUGCAGAAACCAGAAAACAUGCACUCGCUAUGCAUCAAAUGUGGGAAAACAAGUUUGACUCAUUUUGGUUCAUAUGGAAUGACAACAUCACAAAACAAAUCACGCUUAUAAAUAACAUUAAUUUCGUCUAUUCAGAUGAGAAUUUAUCUUGGACCAAAGGUAUUGAAUUAGUAGUUAAUGGCAUAGCUAACAUUAAUCAGUCUUGUGACUACAUUUUUACCCAUGAUGAUGAUUUAACAUUUCGUAUCAAGCAACAAUUCUGUAUUCCCGAAAUCUCUCUUCCAAACAUGUUAAUAAACGUAUUAAAAACGUAUCGACCUGCAAUAGUCGGUUUCCCAUGGGCUAUUGGUGAUAGAAGAAUUUCAGCUAUGAAAGAAUUAGUGACAGUCUAUGAAAAUGAGACUAUUGCACCACUAACAGGCUUCGACAACGGAAUGGUUAUUUAUCACAAAUCAGUUAUAAACCUUUUUAUACCAUUUUCACCUCAAGGUGAAGGCAGUUUCAGAGGCAAAUGGACAUUAUGUGCACAAUUUUUACAAAUGUUUGCACAUUUAUUAUUUGGAAAAUAUGCUAUACGUUUUAAUAUGUUUGAAUAUAACAAUUCUAUCAAUAUGGAUAAUACAUUACCUGAGAAUCAUUUUAAACAACGUAUAGUAAUCAAAAAUGGGCUCGCUUAUGUUCAUAAUUCUCGUCAUCCAUAUGAGUACCCACAGAAUGAAGCAUACAGAGCGUUUCUUUCAGAUGGGUUAAAAUUUCCGUAUCAGUCUUGGGGGCGAACACUAAACACAGAAUAUCGUCUAGAGACACUUAAAGCUACUGAUCUCAAGCGAAAAUCAUUUGACGGCUUAUGGUUGCUGGAGCGCUUGAAUAGAGUCUACGAUGUACGUCAUGAAGCCUUGUCGAACAAUAAACUACUUCAUGAUCAGUUCACCAAUAAACAAAAGUUAAGGGUUUUACAAGAGACUCAUUUCAGUCUAAAAUUAAUACUACUAACGAUGAAUCGGCUGACGUCAUUUGAGCGAUUGUGGAAAUCACUAACGAAAGCUCUUCCAAUUAAUCGAACUAUUGAAAUAUUUAUUCAUGUGGAUAUGGAUAAGAAUGAUAAUAAACGACGUAAAUAUCUUGAAUAUUUAAGCAGUUUAAGAAGUUUACACGGCAAUGUUCAUGUUGUUGCUUACUCGGAACGACGAGGUCUAAAAACACUUAUGAUAGAAGCAUGGCGUCCUCUUAAUAAUGACGAAUUUUAUCCACAUAAUGAGAUUCGAACAGACUGUAUUAUUAACAUGGACGAUGAUUGGGAUAUGCCAUAUUCUCAUAUGGCGUUUGCAAUCGAUACUUGGCGAGGGCAUUUUUUCAAGAAUCUUGUCGGCUAUUCACAUCUCGGAUGUAAUCAUGUUCCAACUUAUGUGAAUAGCACUUUUCAAUAUGUUUAUAGUAAUAAACUUUUACUAUCAAAAAAAGGCGCAUUUUACAGCAUGGUACUUCCAUCGGGAUUUGUAUAUCAUCGUCGUUAUCUUUACCAAUAUACAUAUGAAUUACCACAAAUUGCACGAGAUCUUGUAGAUUCUCUAAAAAACUGUGAUGAUAUAUUACUUAAUUUUUUAAUUGCUAAUACUACUAAGCAAGGACCUGUGGUCAUAGAUACAUUUGCCAAAGCGUAUAAUUUUGGUGGUUUAUGGAAACGGUCAACUCAGAUAGAAACUCGAACGCUAUGUUUGAACAAGUUUGUUAAAAUAUUUGGCGGAAUGCCAUUAAAAUAUACAACGACUGUGUUCAAAAUUAAUAGAAAUCAAACAGUACCAGGAAGAAAUAAACAUCACUUUCAAGCCCGAAUGCCGACAAAAUAA